GGAGAAGCAGAGGAGGAGCAGAGGAGGAGCAGAGGAGGAGCAGAGCCGGAGCAGAGCCGGAGCAGAGGAGCAGAGGAGCUGACACCGAACCGGGAUCUGGAUCAGCUCUCCUGACCCGGGUCCAGAUGGUCGCCAUGGCUACCAGCUGAGCCUCCUCCCAGCAGCAUGCAGGUGGCGCCGCAGGAUACCGACUCCAGCGGCGAGGAUGCGCUGGUUCUGGCCUUACACGGACCCAACAGAACCCUGCCAGCGGUCCCUCUGAAGAAUAGAUCUAUGCUCCGCAGGAAACGGGAAUUCAUCCCGGAGGAGAAGAAAGACUCGGUCUACUGGGAGAGGCGCCGCAGGAACAACGAAGCCGCCAAACGCUCCAGGGAGAAGCGGCGCUUCAACGACCUGGUUCUGGAGAACCAGCUGAUGGCGCUGGGCGAGGAGAACGCUUCGCUGAGGGCCGAGCUGCUGGCGCUGAAGAUCAAGUUCGGCUUGGUGAGCUCCUCGGCCCACCAGGAGGUCCGGUCCGGCCAGCGGUUCAUGAAAGCAGACCUAGAGCAGGUAGAUCUGCCAAACACAUCCGUCAUGGAACUCUCGCCUCUAGUGCCUGAAAUGUGGGCAGCAAAGCGGGCCUUGCUCUUCAGAACAGAAGAUCUGAAGCAAGAAGCAGAAGAGAGCAGCGCUGCUUCUGAACAGGUCAGAACCGGCCCGGUUCUGGUCCGCCUGCAGCCUGCCGGGUCGUCCAGUAACUCCCCCAGAACCUGGGAGGAAAACGCCGUCAGUGAGGAUGAGCAGCGGGUCCCCAAGGGUCCGGCCUCGUCUGCAGCCGACCAAAGAAGCGUCAUCGUUUCCGCCCACAAAGUGCCAGAACCCGGUUCUUCAGCUUUGCCCCAUAAGCUGCGGAUCAAAUCCAGAACCAUCCAGAUCAAAGCGGAGCCUCCAGACCCUGAGUAUGAGGCGGCGCCUCCUGUCCGCUGUCCCCUGUCCCUACAGGUGUCCAACAUGCUGGGCUGCGCCCAUUCUGCCCAGUGGCUGAAUCAGUAG